UCCCCUCUGCUCCUAUAAAACAGCAGUGCAGCGUGAGACAGGCUGGAGAUUCAGCCUGCAGGGGGGCGGAAACACACUCAGUUCACAGCAGCAAUGGCUCACACUGAAGGACACACACUCUGCACCGCAGGACCCCUCAUCCAGGUGCUGUGCUGGCGGAGCGUGUGUGUGGGGUGUGUACUGCUGUGUGUUGCGGUGCUGCCAGAGCUCGGGGAUGCAGCUAAACCCCGGUGUGGAGCGGAGCUCAUCGCGGACCUGGAGUUUGUGUGUGGAGAUCGAGGAUUUUACAGAGGUCAUGUUGGAGGGGCUCGGCAUGGAGGCCCCCGCUCUCGGGGUAACGGAAUCGUGGAGCAGUGCUGCAUUAAAGGCUGCGACCUGCAGCACCUGGAGAAAUACUGCGCCAAGCCCAAGAGACGGCGCCGGCAAACACCAACAACACAGCAAGUCAGAAAGGAUCAGUUCAGACGGGUUCUUCUGCAGGAGUACCACAGGCUCCAGCACAUCUUACAGGUACUGACCCAUGGGCUUAAAGAGCGGACGCUUCACCAGGACAAACUCAGAAACACGUCGUCACCUCGUUCUAACGAGAAGAUCCACAAAUCAGCUCCCUCAGAACUCCAGCGUGGAGGGACAGCGGCUCCUUUAAGAGCCUCCCUUCCUCGCAGCCUCCGUUCAUAACCCUCCUCACAGCUGCAGAGAUUUGAGUGGCAACAUGGAAGUGACCGUUCGCCGGACAAUCACAUUUACCCAGUCUUGUCCUAAAUGCUCAGCCAAGAUUUGGAGAAGUUUGCUUGUGUAGUUUUAGCACUGGACCUACGAGGCUAAUGUAUCUAACAAUUAAUGGAAGCAUGUUGGCAUUGGCCAGCCAGCAUUGUGGAAACUGCAGGUCUAAAUCCUCACACCCUGGUGUCGGACUGUGUGCAGCUGCUCAGUGUCUCUAAUAGACUUGAUUAUGUGGUUUAUGACAGAAAAUAAUGGUCAGAAGUACAUUAGCAUGGCGUAAAAUAGUGUUAGAAUUCUUGGUGUCUGAAUUUUGUCCAUUCUUUUGUCCACUUUUAUAGCAGGCAAGAUGUUUCUGCCCUGUAAAGCGAAUAUUUCUUAAUUUCAUCACGUCUGAAAAUGUCUAAAUGAGCUCAGUGGGUAUUAAUAGCCUAAUUAUGUCUUAAUCAUCUUCACCGAGCUCGUUAAAAAGCGAGCCGAGAACAGGAGUGGAAAGCAGAAAGGCCGUGCAGUGACCUUGGAGUGAAGGAUGUGUCAGAUGGAGUUUAGCACUGAUUCAGCUGUGUAUGAAACCUUAUCCAAACAUCAGAUAUCAGAACUCGGGGUCAGUGCAGACAAACUGUCCUUCAGGGUUAUAAACGUUGGGCUGAGAUGCAAACGACCACUGUAUUUUAGAUCAUUUCACUUCAGUCUCCAAGAAGUGCAGUCAAGACUUUGGAUUUGUGCUACAAAUGACACUUUUAUUUGUUGUACAGACCUGAAGAUGUUGGACAUAAAUUCAUACAUAGACAUUAAACUCACUAUUUGUUCUUGGCUUCAUAAUUACCUGGCGGAUGAUGUAGAUGUAAACAGAGUAGUUCAGGUUUGAACUGUUCACAGUGGUGGUGAUGGGAACCAGACGUCCACCUCUAAAAGCUCCUCACUGAAAGUUCCUACAUGAGAUGGUUGUGAAUUCACUGCCUGAUGACUGGGACGCUGUUAUACAAUGAAUAGCUUGUUAAUAUAUGUGGGCAAUUCUGAAUAUUUCAUAAUUAUUUCUGAAUAUUUCAUAGUGUUUGCUGAAUAAUGCACAGUAGCUUCUAAGUGAUGUAUAGUAGAGUCAUUUUAAGCUCCAUUCAUGGUGGAGGGAGACAUGCAGGGUGUUGUGAGGC